AUGUUUUCCCCGGACUAUAACAGAUGCGGUGGACAUCAACACGAAAUUAUUGGAACUGAACACUGCAUGCGGAUUCCAAUUGUUGUCGAUUGUGUGAUAUCGAGUCACUUUCGCUUUGCGAUGCUAAAUCCGAUAUCGACCAAAACGCAUUCCCAUUGAACCCCGUAUCAGGCUACGUCAAAGACGAUAUCGAGCUUCGUAGUUUUCGUAGCAAGCAUGGGCAUUUACAUCUGUUUUGUUGGGUUAUGUUUAUUUGUUGUGCUUUUGUACAUUACCGUAUAUUUCAAGUUUGUUUAGAAUGCUUCCUAUAUUCCACCGGCGUUUGGAAAGAGUUAGGCAAAGGCAAGAAAAUAGAGGUCUUGUUUUGUAUAGACGUCAUUUGAGAGAUCACAGUAAUCCAUUCGAUAUUCCUGAAGAACGGUUUAUUGAAUUGUAUAGACUGAAUAAAGAGUUGGCAAGGUAUGUGAUAAAUACCAUAAGCCCAGUGAUGGCUCAAGGAGUGUAUGGGAAUUCCAUUCCAAAUUUGAUUAAAAUUUUUGCCUCAUUACGGUUUUAUGCAACUGGAUCAUACCAAAGAGACAUAGGGCUCUCUUACCUAGUGAGCUUAAGCCAAACAUCUGUGCAUAGGUGUAUUCAGCAAGUUACACAAGCAAUUGAGACUACCAUUACAAUACAUGAGGUGACAUUUCCAACUAAUGAAAUUGAACAUAAUAGAAUUAAACAUUCUUUCAUGGAUAAGUUUGGAUUUCCUGGAGUUAUUGGAUGUGUGGAUGGGACCCAUAUAGCCAUUUCCAGGCCAGCCAGAGAAGCUCAUAAUUUUUAUAAUAGAAAGGGCUACUAUUCUCUAAAUACACAAAUUAUUUGUGAUGAUAAUUUAAAAAUUUUAAGCCUGAAUGCAAAUUUUCCAGGAUCAAAUCACGAUAGCUACAUAUGGAGGCACACAAGAGUCAGGCAAUAUUUAUUACAACAAUAUCUUCAAAAUAGAUUAAGGGGAUCUUGGUUAAUAGGAGACUCAGGUUAUAUGUUAGAACCUUUCCUGAUGAUCCCCUUUAUAAAUCCUCUAGAUGGCUCUCCGGAGUCUAGAUACAAUCACUGCCAUAUUAGGGCGAGAAAUUGUGUUGAAAGAUGCAUAGGAGUAUGGAAAUGUAGAUUUAGGGCAUGUCUACAAGAAAGAACAGCAAAGUAUUCACCAAGUUUUGUAGGCUCCUUAGUUAAUGCCAAAGCAGCUUUGCACAAUUUAUGUAUAAGAUUCAAUGUCCCUUUAUUGGAAGCUCCAUUAUUAGAAAAUGACCCAAGUUAUUGGUCACAUUCAUAAUGUAGAACAUGAGUUGCAAAGGCAGGCAUUAGAUAUUAGAAAUAUUAUUGUUAAUCAAUAUUUUUUUAGGAUAUAAAUGUUUACAAUUAUGUAAAAUGUUUUUUUAAUAAAAAUGUAUUUAUAAUAUUUCU